GCGGGGCGCUGCGGUGGCUCAGAGCUGAGCCGAACCCAGAUCCCAGCACCAGCCUCCGCCGCCAGCCGGGACCAUGAGCCGCCCCCGGAGCGCCGCCCUCCUCCUGCUGCUGCUGCUGGCCGCCUGCGCGGCGCUGUGCCGGGAUGCCCCCGUGGCCGGUGAGCUGCGGUGCCAGUGCCUGCAGACCGAGGCUGCACUGAUCCACCCCAAGCACAUCGCUCACGUGGAGCUGAUCCCCAAGGGGCACCACUGUGAGGUGCAAGAAGUCAUAGCCACCAUGAAAAAUGGCAAGAAAGUCUGUCUGGAUCCCACCGCGCCCUGGGUCAAGCUGAUCGUCACCAAGAUCAUGAACAGGAAUGCACCCCUGGACCAACCUGCCCCGACUGACCCCAUCAUUCCUAUGAACCGAAAAUAAGGAUUUAACUUACAAGUUGCAAGAGAAGAAUUUUGAGGGAUAGCACCUGUGUAUUAGCAAGCAUGUUAACCUGGGCUAUGGGCCGAGCCAUGAUGUCAUCUUUUAGACUACUGGCCUAUUGUGCUAAUUUUGUCUUGCUGCUAGAACCUAUCCAGGGGCUUGGGAACUCCCGCCCCGGUGCAUCUCUCAGCCCACUGGCACCAUAUAUAAUCUGUUGUUGUCAAUUGUUUCGCAGUGUCUCACUGCCUAGUAAGCAAAGUAACACUUCGCCAGCGCUGUGCAUAAUAAACCCUGGUGCUUGACUCUA